CAUCGGUGGGGAGUUCAGGGUUCACAAAUUAGAUUUCCGACACCCCUCGAAAGCAUCAUCGGAUAAUGGGCGUGUUUCUCUUCACCAACAUGUCGGCGUAGGAAUUUCUAUCAAAACUUUUCUCUCAAUACUUAGAAAAUUUGGGCAUGCAGCAUUUGGCAUUUGAAGGAAGAUGGUGUGUAAAGAUAGCGCAGACUUUGUAAAGCCUUUUCAGAGUAGUUUACUAUGUAGGUUUAUAAUUUUAGCAGGAUGUAUUAUCAUAAAGUUCCCGGUUUGUGAAUGUGAAGGAAUCAGCGCAGAGCGAUGUCUCAUCUGGGGUCCAGGGCUGAACCCUAACCCAGUUUUACCAGUCCGCUACUUCUUCAUUCAGGCGGUCGAUUCAAAAGGAGAAAACCUGACUUUGUCUCCAGGUAAAGACACGUUUAAAGUGAAGAUAAGUUCACUGGACAAGAAGGAGCACAUCCGUAUCCACGUCCCUCCACCCAGAGGAGACGCCUCCUUCCUGCUAAGGUACCGACUCUACAGCACCGCCCCGAAGGGUCUCAGGGUGGAGGUCCUCCACCAAGAUGCUCCUGUUGCCAGGUCACCAUACACUAUCCAAGGUCCAGUCUAUCAUGAGUACUGUGACUGUCCUGAGCCCAACAGCUCUGUCUGGCAGAGCAUCAUGCAGUGUCCUGCUGGAGAGCCUCAGAUUUUAGAUUUUAAAGCCAUUCCCACAGUUGACCUUGAGCGCCUCAGACAGGAAGUGCCUCAGAGAUUCUCUGCCAGAGGAGGUCUGAUUCACUAUGCCAUCAUCAACAACCAGCUGUACCGCCACACUCUGGGGAAAUACACCGACUUCAAGAUGUUUUCUGAUGAAAUGCUGCUCUCUCUAACAAGGAAGGUGAGGGUUCCUGAUGUGGAGUUCUACAUCAAUGUCGGUGACUGGCCAUUAGAGACAAGGCGGGCAGAUGCUGUUCCAAUCUUGUCGUGGUGUGGCUCUACAGACACACAGGACAUUGUUCUCCCCACUUACGAAGUCACACACUCCACCCUGGAGACCAUGAGAGGAGUCACCAAUGACCUGCUGUCUGUCCAGGGAAAUACAGGGCCUGUGUGGGCUAACAAAACAGAGCGUGCAUUCUUCCGCGGCCGGGACAGUAGAGAAGAACGUCUUCAGCUGGUCUCCCUGUCCAAGGAAAACCCUGAGCUGCUGGACGCAGGCAUCACAGGAUGGUUCUUCUUCAGAGACAGGGAGAAACAUGUAGGCAAAGCACCACUUGUUGGAUUCUUUGAGUUCUUUAAGUACAAGUAUCAGGUGAACAUGGAUGGAACAGUGGCAGCAUAUCGUUUUCCUUACCUGAUGCUCGGGAACAGUCUGGUCCUGAAGCAGGAAUCGCAGUAUUAUGAACAUUUCUACAGCCACUUGAAGGCAGGUGUUCACUAUGUUCCUGUGAGGAGAAACCUGUCAGACCUGUUGGAGAAAAUCAAAUGGGCCAAAGAGAAUGACGCAGAAGCACAACAGAUUGCCAGAGCAGGUCAGGCUGUGGCCAGAGAGCUGCUGCAGCCGAGCAGACUAUACUGUUACUACUACAGUGUGCUGCACAUGUACUCAGAGCGACAGACAGGACAACCCACACGACACACAGACAUGGAGCUGGUGCCUCAGCCAGAAGACCUCACCGCUGCGUGCACGUGUGAGCAUAAAGGCCGCCAAGAAGAAAACAACAUGAAGGAUGAACUAUGAUGGAAUCAGUUGUUAGUCUUUACAUUAGUGACAUUAUUUCUCUGAAUCAUUCCUGAUAGAUGCAUAGUGAAGAUGAUGUAAUGUCCUGAUGCUCACAACUGAGUUUACAAUUAAACAUUACAAUUCUAA